AUGAAAGAAGAUGCAACCAGCCGGGAGACGAUCACCUUUGCCAUCAGCGAGGCGAUUGGCACGGCGAUCCUGGUGUUCAUAGGAUGCACGGGAUGCAUAGGAAGCAUGGGGAUUAACCCGACCUUGCUGCAGAUCGCUCUAACCUCCGGGUUAGGUGUCAUGAUUGCUGUGCAGAGUAUAGGACAUAUCAGUGGUGGUCACAUGAAUCCCUCUAUAACAGUGGCAGCACUGAUCUUAGGAAAAAAGUCUCUGCCCAUGACUCUCCUCUAUACUGGUGCCCAGUGUGUUGGUGCAAUGAUGGGUUAUGGUCUUAUUAAGGUGAUAACUCCAGUGGAACUAAUGUACGCGGGCCAACCAGACUCGGGGAAUACCUUCUGCAUGACCGAACUCCACACCGAUUUGUCCACAUUCCAAGGUUUCAUGGCCGAGUUUUUAGCAACUGGGAUUUUAGUUCUCUUCGCCUGCGGUGUGUGGGACUGUCGGAACGUGAAGAACACCGACUCGAUGCCAAUGAGAUUUGGUUUCUGUAUCACGGCGCUCAGCCUCAUUUUCAUCCCCUUCACCGGUUGCAGCAUGAAUCCGGCAAGAACGUUAGGUCCAGCUGUUUGGAACGGUUAUUGGAGUAAUCAUUGGAUCUAUUGGUUGGGUCCACUCGGUGGCUCUAUCGUCGUGUCGUUAAUAUAUCGAUGUCUGUUUAUUUGCAACAGGAGAGAGCCUGGACAGUGUGAUUAG